AUGGACCGGCGGAAGCAGGAGAUGUGGCAGACCGACGCUGCCGACCUGCCGUCCUUCUAUUCGCCACAGUCGCGGCCGGUCCCCGAUCACGAAGACGGCGCCGCACCGAGCGCCGCGCAAUUGCAGCGCGAUGCCCUGUCUCUGGCCGCGCUCUCCUCGCUGAAUGAUGUGUCGAGACCACCCACGUCGGCGUCCACCCGUUCGGACGACCAGCUGCCGCCGCCGCCGUCGCUGCUGUCCCCUCAGUUCACCCCUCCGGCCACCCCCGGCAUAGCGACACCGACCACCGAACAGCCUCGCAGCGUCCCCGUCGACUCGUCCCUGCCGUCCGGCGGUGCGGGGGCCAAGCGGCCGCGGCUCCUCGAGACGUUGCCCGAGGUGCAAUGCAUCGUGCGGGCGCGAAUCCCGACGGUGGCCGGGACGGAGAUGUUCCUCCACCUGUACACGAACAACGUGGACAACAAGGAGCACCUGGCCAUUGUCUUUGGCCACAACAUCAGGAGCAAGAGCCUGGACGCCCCGAGGCAGGGCGAGACGGAGAUGGACCGCAUGGUCCGGGGAGCCUACACGGGGAGGCUGUUCCCCGGCAGGACGACGAGCGGCAUGAUCAGCGCGGCCGAAGCCGCUGCGCAGGCGGCCCCGGGCACGCCUACGGGGCCGCCCUUGGUGCGCAUACAUUCAGAGUGCUACACGGGCGAGACGGCGUGGUCUGCGCGGUGCGACUGCGGCGAGCAGCUCGACGAAGCGGCGCGGCUCAUGGCGCUGCCGACGCAGAUCAGCAACGGAGGCAUCAUCAUCUACCUGCGGCAGGAGGGACGGGGGAUCGGGCUGGGCGAGAAGCUCAAGGCAUAUAACCUGCAAGACCUGGGCUCCGACACGGUGGAGGCGAAUCUGCUGCUGCGGCACCCUGCCGAUGCGCGCAGCUACGGGUUGGCGACGGCAAUGCUCCUCGACCUUGGCCAGGAGGAGAUCCGGCUGUUGACGAACAACCCCGACAAGAUCCGGGCCGUGGAGGGGCCGAACCGGGAGGUCAAGGUUCGCGACCGGGUUGCCAUGGUUCCGCUGAGCUGGAAGGGCAAGGGGGAAGGGUUCAGGAGCCGCGAGGUCGAGGGCUAUCUCAAGACCAAGGUGAGAGAUGUCGCGUUCCGGAGGGACCCCGUCGCAACCGUCACUGACAGCGUUCUACAGAUCGAGAAGAUGGGGCAUAUGCUAGAUGCGGGUGGGAUGCCUCCGUCGUGA